UUACUGUUAUGUUGUCCCCGCAGCGCUUGCCCUGAUGUCGCCCGCCCGGGCCGCCACCUCGUGCCGCGUCUGCGAGGGAACCACGCCGGUGUGCGACGACGUCACGGGACGUUGUGACGUCAGGUGCGACUACGUCAAGACGUGUGAUGGGGAUGGCGACGGCUGCGUCGCCACCAUGUACCUUGCGCAGGACAACCAGACCUCAGAGAUGACGUAUGUGGUUGACACGGGGUGCUGGGCGGGGUCAGCCUUCAACACCCUUCAGCCAGACGACUGUAGGGCGGAUAAUAGGUUCCCGGGGAUGUAUACAUGUCUGUGCGGGACAGACGAGUGUAACGGAGAGAUCAUCCUCCCCCAUGCCGGAGCGGGCGGUGCCUCGGCCCCGGUCUCGGGAGGCGACAUCCCGCCGGACUUCCUGAGAGACCCUCCGUCUCCCCCCGUGGGGUCGGGGGGCUCCCCCUGGCCUGGGGACGGACUAGACGAUCCCACUCUGCGUCCGGGGGCUGAGUCCAACAACCACUUCGUCGGUAGCUCUGCCACUGCUAGUGCUGACAGAGCCUACGGACCAGACAACACCAGUAUGCUGAUCGGCAUCGUCACCAUCCUGCCUGCCGUACUGGUCCUGGUCCUCCUCAUCUUCGCCGCGUACGUGCUCUACCGCCGGAGACACCCGAAGAACCCGCCUUCGUCAAUCUUCGGCUCCGAGGACGGCAACGGAAACUACCAAAUAAAGCUGGACGACUUCGACUCGGAGAUGGCCGCCGACCCGAGCCUGGAGAACACACUGAACCACAAUGAGGAGCACCUGCCCAUCAAACUGGACACUUCUGUCGGGAAGGGCCGCUUCGCAGAGGUCUGGAAGGGAAAACUCUUCCAGGAAAGCGAGGACAGGUUCGUCACCGUCGCCGUCAAGAUCUUCCGCUACGACGAGAAGCAGUCUUGGCAGCGGGAGAAAGACGUCUUCUCAGACCCUGCUCUGAAGCAUCCCAACAUCUUAGACUUUCUGACGGCCGAGGAGCGGGGGAGCGGCAUCGAUCGGCAGUACUGGCUCAUCACCAGUUACCAUAGUAACGGCUGUCUGAGGGCGUACCUCGGCCGCCAUGUGCUGACGUGGGAGCAGCUGUGUGUGAUGAGUCAGACCACGGUGGCAGGGCUGGCCUACCUGCACGCAGACAGGGCCACGGACGGAGCCGCCAAGAUGCCGAUCGCUCACAGGGACGUGAAGAGCUCGAACGUGCUGGUGAAGAGUGACGGGACCUGCUGCCUGGCUGACUUCGGGCUGGCCCUCAACCUGGACCCGACCAUACGGGUGGAGGAGUACGCUAACAGCGGCCAGGUGGGUACGCCCAGGUACAUGGCUCCGGAGGCGCUGGAGUCACGUGUGAACCUGGUGAACCUGGAGUCCUUCAAACAGAUCGACGUGUACGCCCUGGGACUGGUCCUGUGGGAGAUGCUGGCCAGGUGUGAGGUCACUGGAGAUGUGGGCCCCUACCAACCAGCGUUUGCUGACAAGCUGAGCGGUGACCACCCUGGGAUCGACACCAUGAAGGACGUGGUGAUCCGGGAACGAGAGAGACCAGACAUCCCAUCCCGUUGGUUGGCGCAUCAGGGACUGUGCCGAAUGUCAGAGAUCAUCGAGGACUGUUGGGAUCACGAUGGCGAGGCUCGCAUCACCGCGUCGUGCGCAGAAGAAAGAAUAAACGAGCUGAAGAAGCGCCAGUUCACCGCCAUUACCAUAGACUCAGAGGACGACGAAAAAGAACCCCUCAGACCAAAAACAAGAUAUAUCGAAGAAACAGACGUAUAGCAGAUAUAUACUUCAAAUGUACAAAAGCUUGCGUUCUACAUGUUAACUAUAGUUUGUAUGUACGUAGAUAUGAUACAUCAGGAAAAUAUCAUAAACAACAUAAUGAUACACAGUAUUUUACAAAUUUUAAACUUGUUCAAGUCUUGAAAUUGGAAACUUGUUUCAGUGCGAUUUGGUGAUGUUUUCCAGUGAUAAUUUUCCUAUGUCAGCAUGUGGGUACUUGUAAUGUAAUCUGAUUUUGUGCAAUUUGUUUAUUACAUACCAAUACUAGAUCUCUGAUAUGGACAUAAAUGCUUUAGUUUGGAAAAACAGAACUUGUAUAUAACUGUCUCUGAGUCAGCAUAUCUACAGUAGUCACCAUUUCUAACUGUGCUUGUAGCUACUAACUAAUCUUCCAAAGGGUGGGUUUGAUAUUAAAUGAAUCAUUAUUUUUUGCUCUGCAGUGCUGGAAAAAAAUAUCGAAUACAUUGAUACAGUAUACUUGAACUUUUUGGCAAUUAAGCAGAUUUUAAGAGUUUAUAGCAACAAAUGGGAUAAUAUUUGAACUAAUAAAAUAGUGAAAUUUUACUUGAAUUAGGGCAUAUCUAACUUUUAGAUCAAAUAAAAAAAGGCCAUUGGCAAAAGGGGUUAUAAAGAAGUUAUAAGAUAUGCUUAUUCGUGUAUUUGUAUAGCCCUCAAUGCUCUUUCAAAACUUGUCAUACAUAGACGAUUGUAGCAUGGAUAUUGUAAAGUGGUAUGGAUAUUGCUAUGUAAAAUGCAGAAGUAAAAGUGACGCACAACGUAAUAAAUGAACCCAGGGAAUCAAGGAAAUUUAUUUUGGGAUUUGCAAAACUGAAAAUGUCUUUAAACAAAUAAAAACAUAUUGAUAUAAGAUAAACACUUCCAAAUGGAAACUAUUCCUGCUAAAAUACAUAUAUCACAGACAUUAGCGCCAAUCUGAUUGGUCUAUCAUACAGCUACCGAUCUGAUUUCUCUGUCAUCUGAUUGGCUUAAAUAAUAGAUGCUCUUGACUAAUCUGAUUGGUCAGCCGUACGGCAUGCUCAUUGGUCACCUGGACUGUUUUCUUUUGGAAUCUGAUUGGCUUAAUCAAAAGUUGAGUAAUUAAAAAAGCCCUUUCGUUCCUUGUAUAACAUUGUAAAUAGUUGUGUAUAAAUAUGUAUACAUUACAUUCUAUUUUUCUAGCUACUAAACGUGGUUGCUGGUCGCCAUCUUUCUUUCAUCUCCCUUUUCCUUUAAAGUUCUGAGAACUAAUUCUAACAUCUGGAUUUACUUCCACUAACUUUCUGGGUGACUCUGUUACCAUCAUGUUAUCUUUUUUGCUUUGGGAGCUAGGAGAAAUUGUAAUUAAAUCUAUAUAUACAUGAAUAGCCAUUCUAAAUGGUUCUUCUGUUUAUAACUUGGUACAUAAAGCUAUUUUUUGUAACAACACUAUAUUUCAGGGGUAGAUUUGUUCCAGCACAACAAUGUGUAACUGUAAGUGCACAGAUACUACCAAUGCUGUACUACGGUAUUGUAAUCUACGAGCAGAUCUUUUGGUGGCCGCAAAGACAAUGAAAUUGGCCAGGCAGUGCCCAUUUGCCAGGCAGUUAUUUAGUUUGUUUGUUUACAUGUAAUCAAAGAAAACUAAUAAAAUGCCAGACAGUUACCAUUUACCCAAACAUAAAAGAUACCAAUAAAAAGGGACUGAAACAAAUAAAAAAUAGGUCAAGGCCCAAACCUCUGCUUGGAGAGCACUACUAUUACGACAGGAACAAUGUAGCACAAAUGUACUACUAGUAAACUUUGCUAGCACAUUGAUGUUAAUUUAUGUUACAGCACCUUAAUAGUGUCUGAUACUUCUAAAGCCUUACAAUAUGAAUAUACAAAAGCUGUGAGUCAAUGUUGGUGUGCUAGAAAAACAGGUGUUGGUACAUUUUUCUGCAGAUCAUGCUUUGCUUUGAUUGAUGCUUGUCUCCUGACCUAGUAUGACUAACCGGUGUUAUGUUUAUUAACUAUUUUGUACAUAUAACUCCUGUAAAUAAUGUCCUGCUGAGAGCACAAAUAAUAUGGAUGGAUUAUUGGAGGGGGAACCUCAAUAAAAGCUAACUUGGAAAAUAAGACUGCGUCUG